AACAGUAAAUCUGGUGGUCAACAGGUAACGAUGACGUCAAAGUGAGACUCCCUCCCCCCGGUGCCCUCCUUCGCUCCACUCACCCACCCCUGCCUACGCUCCAGCUGCUUUCGCCGCUGCCUGCCUGCCGGUGUCUGUGUAGCUGGCUCCCCUCUCCCCUCCGCUGGCCCACAUUAUUCAAUGUAGCUAAAACCAUGACAGGCAUCGCCGCUGCCUCAUUCUUCUCCAACAUUUGCAGAUUCGGUGGUUGCGGACUUCACUUCGAAUCGCUGGCCGAACUCAUCGUACACAUUGAGGAUAACCACAUCGACACAGAUCCUCGUCAGUUGGAGAAGCAGGAGCAGCAGCAGCCGACCUACAUCGCUCUCAGCUACAUCAACAGGUUUAUGACCGAGGCAGCACGCCGGGAGCACCAUGACAGCCUGAAGAGGAAGGUGCAGCCCAAGCUGUCCCUGACGGGCUGUCUUCCGCGCGGCGCUAACAUGUCCAACCCUCCACGACACAGCAGUGGUAACCUCACCCCGCCCGUGACCCCUCCCAUCACACCCUCCUCCUCCUUCCGCAGCAGCACACCCACAGAAUGUCAACGGUAUCAAGUACCACGCCAAGAACGGUCACCGGACACAGAUCAGAGUCCGAAAGCCCUUCAAGUGCCGUUGUGGGAAGAGCUACAAGACGUCUCAGGGCCUGAGGCACCACACCAUCAACUUCCACCCGCCCGUCUCGGCCGAUGUCAUCCGCAAGCUGCAGCAGUAGGGCUGUCAGCAUCCACCCGCCCGUCGUCAUCCGCAGGAUGCAGCAGUCGGGCCGUCUGCGGGUUACAGUGCCAAAUAGCACUCCCAUCCCUCUCAAUAGAAAUCGAGUUACUGGUCUACGAGAACCUUGUUCUAAUAAUUCUCUCUAUUGCCCCACCAUCACCAGCAUGUUUGAAAUGGUGUCCCGUUUCCAACAUACACACAAGCUUUCUUUUGUUUUCCAGUACACUGCUCUUUGAUUGCAUGCUUUAAAAAUGACCUUAUUUGUAUUACACUUUUUAUUUCUUCCCUUUUUGUUUUCUGGGGGAAUGUUGUAUUUCACAGUUUUGUACUUUUGCACAUUUAAGCUGUCAUACUUGUUCUUGAUAAUUGUUUUUAACAUGGUGCUUACAUUUAAGAUGGCGUUGAUGUGAGUGAAAGCCUGUUUCAUGUUUGGUUCAUACGGCAGUGUUCAGCAGAUUAAAAGGUUAGAACAUUAAGUACCCACAAAUGGAUGAAGAUAUAGAUGUGUAGGCAAUCCUACAUGAAUAUAGAAACGUUGAUAAUCACGUGUAAUUGUAUGGUAAAGUGUUUCUUGUCCUGUACCCCAAAUGUUUUUUUGUUUUUUUAAACUAAAAUCUCGAGUAUCUCAGGUGACAAAUCGCCAGCAGCAUUUAAGCGCCAUUAUCUUGAUGGGCCACAUCCCAAACGGCACCAUGCUCCCUGUACAGAACACUACUGUUGAGUUGAUGGGCCACAUUCCAAACGGCACCCUGCUCCCUGUACAGAACACUACUGUUGACCUGAUGGGAAACAUCCCAAACGGCACCAUGCUCCCUGUACAGAACACUACUGUUGACCUGAUGGGAAACAUCCCAAACGGCACCAUGCUCCCUGUACAGAACACUACUGUUGACCUGAUGGGAAACAUCCCAAACGGCACCAUGCUCCCUGUACAGAACACUACUGUUGACCUGAUGGGCCCUGGUCAAAAGUAGUUCAGUGGCGUCAGUAAAUAUUUCUUCUUCUUUGUAUUCCGGAACCCUUUUCCAUUAUUCCAGAACCCUUCCAUUCUAAGGGUGCUAAGAGGUCCUCUGUUCCGUCAUAGCCCAGGGAUGCAUUUAAGCACUUUGUAGUAACCAGUUGCCAACAGAAUUAGGAUGGCUUUUGUUGCCAAUAACUGUCUGCUAACAUGGCUGCUGUAUACAUCUACAAGUCUUCUGUUGCCCAGGGCUGGGUAUUCGAGAUUAUACAGCAGCAGUUAUAGGACCUAAGUUUGCACGAAUCUGGAGGUAUUCAACUUUUUCAAGGAACAUGUUUUUUCCUUCACCAGACCUCCAGUGUUUCCUGUUUGUUGUGAGAUUAUGUAUCUGGUUGCCUUGAAUUGUAGACCACAACACAGCAUUCCAAUUCAGUAUCUUUGUAUAGCUUCAUAGUGACACUUCAGGAACGACUAACUUUAGCUUAGCUAAAGUAAACGUGUGUUAAACAGAGAAGACCUGAUCUCCAUUCUGGGCUGUUUCUUGGCCCUCCCUUCUUGAACAGUAAAAGGCCGCAUGCCACAUUCAGGUUACCUUAGUCCCAAGGUCAUUUACUGUCAGAGAGCCACGUUGGUGAGUAACCGAGUCAACAUGAGUGACCCCCACUGAGAGAAGCAUGGACCCAGUCUAGAAACAGCCCCCAGGAUUAGAUAGGUGGGGCUACAGGACUACCGCAUGGCUCGUCCAGUUAUGAUGGAGCUCCCUGGAGUGCCUAGGGGACGAUGGCCAUGACUGGACGAGACGAGUGUCUUCGAUUCCACUGGAGCUCAGCGAGGGGCUGUUAACAGCCCAUGAAAACCUCACUGCAUGGAAGUCAAUGUUGUUUGUGGAACUAAAAUUGUGUCCCAAAUGCCACCCUAUCCCCUAUGUAGUGCUUAGGGCCCACAGGAAUCUGGUCAAAAGAAUUACACUAUUUAGGGAAUAGGUUUCCAUUUUGGACACAGUUUUAUGUAGAUGGACAUCGUGACAGUGUUAUUACUGCCAGUAAAUAUGGAGGGAAGUAUUUGGUAUAUUGUGUAUAGUGAAUGUAUUAUGUCUCUGUAAGUGCAUUAAAUUAUAUUUUCAUAUGUUUCUGGAGAAUGAUGUUCCCAUACUCUAUGUAUUCGGUAAACUAAGGCAACACCAGAGGUUGUUUUGGACCUGACAUUGAUGUACAAACCCCCCCCCCCCCCAUGCUUCAUAAAUGUAGCUCUUAUUACAUUUGAAACAUUAAACUUGCCUCUUGUUUUGUG